UUUUUCUGUCACAGAUACAACCAGUUUCCUAUUUAAGGUUCCCAUAGGAUGGAAAAGAGUCUUCUGCCUGGACCCACUGAUAUAGUCAUGGCAAGCCCUCCCAGUUCAUUCCAGCAAGAAGCUCUCACUCCACCCAGAUCCAACCACUCGUCUUCCCUUAAACCCAACCAGGUGGGUCAGGUCAUCCUGUAUGGAGUGCCCAUUGUCUCGCUGGUCAUCGACAACCAGGAGCGCCUCUGUCUGGCCCAAAUCUCCAACACUUUGUUGAAGAACUACAGCUACAAUGAGAUCCACAACCGGCGAGUAGCCCUGGGCAUCACAUGUGUGCAGUGCACUCCUGUGCAGCUGGAGAUCCUGAGGCGAGCCGGCGCUAUGCCCAUCUCAUCACGUCGCUGUGGCAUGAUCACUAAACGCGAGGCUGAGCGACUCUGCAAGUCAUUUCUGGGUGAGAACUCGCCUCCAAAGCUGCCUGAUAACUUUGCGUUUGAUGUGACACAUGAGUGCGCAUGGGGCUGCCGUGGCAACUUCAUCCCUGCUCGUUACAACAGCUCAAGGGCCAAGUGCAUCAAGUGCUCCUACUGCAACAUGUACUUCUCCCCCAACAAAUUCAUCUUUCACUCACACCGCAUGCCCGAGGCCAAGUACACCCAGCCCGACGCUGCCAACUUCAACUCCUGGCGUCGGCACCUCAAGCUGUCAGACAAGUCACCUCCAGAUGAUCUGGUGUUCGCCUGGGAGGAUGUGAAAGCCAUGUUCAAUGGGGGCAGCCGCAAGCGAGCACUGCCAUCCCAUUGCACCCCCAUGGACUCUGUGAAGGCUGUCAGCUCAGUGCUGCCCCACAUGAUAUCUUCUGAUCUGGGCCAGAAGAGGGGCAGGUACGAUGAGGAGGAGGACCUGGAUGCCAGCAGCCUCUCUCCUCACAAGAACCCACGUAGUUACCCAGUCAUUCCUGUGCCCAGCAAAGGCUUUGGUAUGUUGCAGAAAUUUCCACCCACUUCGCUUUUCCCCAGCCCCUACACCUUCCCAGCAUUCGGUUUGUGUCAGCAGAAGAAGGAUGACAGUGAGGCUGUGAACGGGCAGAAAAAUGGUGCUAUCUCGGGUCUGCUUUGGCCAGGCCGCAAGGACACUUUUUAUCCUCCUUUUUGCAUGUUCUGGCCCCCAAGAGCCGCAGGGGGCAUCCCAGUACCCACAUACCUCCAGCCCCAGCCCAAUGCUCUUUCCACUCUCGCAGAAACGCCCUCCCUUCGCCAGGCCUUCCUAGACCUGAGCGAGCAAGGUGACACCACCACAGGAGCUGGGACUGCUGCUGCCAUAGGCACCAAUCCCAGAGCAGGCCUGUUUGAAAGUGACUGCCCCCCAACCAUGACCCCUGAACUGAGACCUGCCCCAGAAGGCUGGCUCAAACUUAUAGAUGCUCCAUCUCUUCAAGCCCGCAAGGCCAGCUAUCACUCCGCCUUCCGACCAGUGGUAAAGGACACUGAAAGCAUUGCCAAGCUACACGGCAACCUGGAGGAUUUCGGUGCAGAGAGGCAUCUCUCACCUGGGACCAGCUGCAGCUACCAGAGUGAGAGCGCAGAGAGCGAUGAAGAACAAGAAGUGGAUGUGGAGACCAAGCUGGACGAAGAGCAGGAAGACUUCAGCAGCCAUGCAGCUUCACAACAGCAGCCGUGCAGUCUUCAUGUUUCACGACUCACUGAAGGCACCACAGGCGACCGAGAUAAAGACGCACCUUCCUUCUCCACCAUCUCCUCUGAAAGCUCUACAGAGGACAAACCAAGCUUGGCUGUCAGUCCACCCACCUCUCUCAAAGUCCCGAGCCCCAUUCAUGCCUCAGUGGAGGACACCGCUGCCUACAAAAAUUCGCACAAGGGCAGAGAUGAUGGGCUUCCAGCGUAUGCAGCAAAAGACAAAACAACACGAGCAGAAGAAAACAAAGAACAGAGUAAUUUCUUUAUCCCGGAGACAGAAACAGCUGCACCAGAUUACUGGAGAGAGAGCACAGCAGAACCAAGUCAAGAAUCGCACACGCCUGCAGCACUGAAGAAGGACGUCGAAAACAUGGAGAAAGAGGAGCUCCAAAAAGUUCUGCUCGAGCAGAUCGACUUACGGAGAAGACUCGAGCAGGAGUUCCACGCCCUCAAAGGCAGCUCGCCAUUUCCUGUUUUCCACAACUUCCAAGACCAAAUGAAAAGGGAACUGGCGUACAGAGAGGAGAUGGUACAGCAGCUACAGAUGAUUCCCUAUGCAAACAUUAUCAGAAAAGACAAAGUCGGCACACACCUGAACAAAAGCUAA